AUGACCACCAAGAGUCCCGAUGGUCCGGAGGACGUGAAUGAUUUCCUACAGCGCAUUCGUGAACUUGGCGAGCGCCGUGAUAAAGAAGAUGAGGAGCGCACCAAACGACUGGAGGAUGAGAUCAUGCAAGGCCGGAAGGAAAGACAGGCCCGUCGAGCUGAGCGAGCACGAUCGAUUGCCGGUUCUCCUACCUUGAAUCCAUCAAGACUGAGUGUUUCAUCCAUCGGCCAGCCUUCCAUCGACCCUCCGGAGCACCUCGAACCGACGGUACAGACCCCGAACCCUGAGCCACUCGACGAAGCAAAAUCGAGUCAUGAACCAGAGCCUCUUUACACUACAAAUUCCCGGCGAGGGUCGGUCCAAGAGACGGACGCGGAAUCUCCACGAACGGUGCCCGCUAUGUCUCGGAGUCGAGCGGGGACCCUGUCGUGGCAGCAACGCCCGUCUUCGCGUGAUUUUGCGAACCGAUCACCAGGCUCAACAUCACCGACUCGAUCCAGUCAUCUACGAAAUGCAUCCACAGCAUCGGAAGAGAAGGGGAUGUCGCGUGCUUCUAUCGCUCUUUCGCUCUCGUCGAAAGACCCGUCGUGGAUUCGACAAACCCCAGACCGAGGGCUGGGGUCGCCAGCAUUUCUCAAGUCGGAAGAACGGUCUGAGAGUCCAGUAGAUUUGGGCCCAAGUCGUCAGCUGCCAGGCAUGAACCAUGAAUCAGCAGUAGAACCAGAGAAAGUGGAGAAAGCAGAGGAAAAGUCACCAUCACGGCCACAGACAGCCUCGACGGUUGACGAGAGCAAUGUGAGCAACCGGUAUUCGAGCGUGUCAUCAGUCACGCCAGACACUGGUCUAGGUUCACCAGUGGCUAUUACGGAGGCCCCAAAGCUGGAUCCUUCUCAAACUGAGGCUCCGGUAGACGAACCAGCCCUGCCACCCUCUCCCUCUCAGCGGCGAAUGUCGCCAGAGCGAAGUCGUUCAACAUCACCCACGAAAGGUCUCGGUGGGUUUGUACAGAGUGCUAUGAUGAGGCGAUCCGACAGUGUGUCAAAACGGUGGAGUGCACAAUUACCCCAGGGCUUGAGCCGAAGCAACUCCAUUGUCAACAAUCGAAACAGUAUUGCGGCACCUAGCCUCACAGCGAGCUACAGCGACAUGACCCCUACAACUCCUUCGAGAACCAAUCGGGAAACAGCACUUCCAGAGCGACCUAGCUCGAGCCACACUGAGACCUCUGUGCAACCUUCGGAAACAACUGAGAGACCGACUACUCCUUCUUUCUCAGGUAACGACAUGCGCUCUGAAGGCAGUCCCAGCAGACCCGCUCUAUAUGGCCACUCUAGGUCUACAAGCUCCGUGACGGCAGACAGUUUCGGGGGUGACGGUCCAUCAAGCCCGUUUACGUCAAGAACUAUGGACCCUAGACGCUGGAGCCCGACGAAAUCGACCUGGCUAGAGAGUGCACUCAACCGACCCGAAUCUCGACAGUCAAAGCCACCCCCGCCACAGCCAUCGUGGCAGCAAGCGCGACAAUCUAGAGGCAGUGUGGAUAUGGGUCGAGCGAGUCCUUUCAAAGAGGUCACUCCGGUGGGCUUGAUGCGAACGCCCCCUCCAGGUGGCCAUUUCAAGAAACCCAGCAUCUCUGGAACACCAUCAGUGCUUGGAAGUCCGACCUUCAACAGAAGAAUGACAGCACCGGAGUCCCCGUCAUCUGUCUUGCAAUCCGAACCACUUCCCGCAACCUCUAUUCUAACGCCAGAUUCCCCCAAACCCGAGGAGCAACCCAAGCCUAUGCUUAUAGAGGAAGAGACCAAACCUUCGACUGCGCUAGAAUCAGAACCACAAGACUCCCCAGAGAAGGCGCCAGCGGAGCAGCUGGAGAACAGUCCAAAGCCAGAGUCAAUUCGAAAACCUCCUUUGUUGAGCCCCAGGACGAAUUUCUCGCUUCCUACACGAGAGCCGCUUUCUCCGAAGCCCAAGCCACAGUCCCCGGUAGUUGACUUCCGCGGGAAUCUGCGCAAACGUGACGUCGCCCAAGACAGGGGGAAGGAGGCAGAACCGGAGUUCAAGAAUGUGUUUGGAAAACUGAAAAAGACAGAGACUCGCAAUUACGUCGCCCCAGAUGACCUCAAGGACAACAUUCUUCGUGGUAAAUCUGCCCUGAACGCGACUGGUGGACCUAAGAAAACCCCGCGAGUCGAUGAAUUCAGGAAAAGUCUCGUAAUUCAGAAAGAGGCAAUGAAGGCUGGAGGUGGCUCGAUCCGACGAAACACUGCAGGGGAGCAGGAUGCACCGACUAAGCCAGCUGAGCCUGUGCCGGAGGCUCUUGCGAAGCUUAACCUCAUGACGAAGACUAACAGUCUCCGGAAAAUGAGCAACGAUAUUCAGAGCCCCACGACUGCUCCAGAGCUCAGCCCUACACGAGAUUUCCGGGCACAACUAGCGCCUGUAUCUGUAUCAUCCCCUGCGUCGGAGGAGGCGCCUGUGGAUGCGUCACCGGUCGCUCGCGAGCGGAAGUCUUCAGAUAUGGAGCCUGCGUUUAAUCAAACUCUCGAGGAGAAUCGACACAGUGAACAAGGGCACUCACAUGAGGCCAACACUUCAAUUCGUAGCUUGCCGCCGUCAGAGAUUGCGGAGACCCCAGGCAUGACUUCUGCAACACACGUUUCGGCUGCUAAAGGGAAGCUUGCAGGCCGAAUCAAUCCCGCAUUAGCCGGUCUUCUCUCUAGAGGUCCCCCAAGUCCAGCUGAGGGAUCCAAGAAAGAGCUACCCGUGCCAGCUUCCGGAGCUGCCUCUCCUGCCUUGCCAUCUGCGCCUCUUACCCACGCCACCAAGGGUCGUGCAAGGGGCCCCAAAAGACGGGCGCCCAAGGGGGUUUCUGCUCCCACUGUUUUACCUGCUGAGGAUAUCAAGGAGGUUGGUGCCAUCUCAUCUCCUGAAGUCAAAAGAUCUCAGACUAUUCCCGAGCCUGAAGUUUCUCCGGAAGCCAUCUCGGACAAUACGUCAACAGAAAACGUGGUUGCCGAUACUGAAACCGCAAAAAUAGGGAGCCCCUACAUCAAGCAAUUUCCAGGAGUAAAGACGACCCUCCAGGAUGUUUUCAACGGCGGAUUACAACGACUGAGAAGCUUUUCGCCCACUUCUCCCCGAAAUUCCGGCCCCCUUAGCCCGAACGAGCACGCCCCCCAAGAGUCUGAGUUAUCAGGAGACGCCAGUCCAUCAGGUAGACCCCCUGUCCCGCCUAAGCCCUGUUCAUCACCUUCGCCUUGCCCGUCGCCAUCCAGCCCCUCGUCGCGCUUUCAAUGGGGCCAAGCACGAUACAUUUCGUCAUCGCCCUCUCCCCUCAGAAUGAGCUCCCGAGAACUCCAGAAAGAUUUGCCCUCGACGCCUUCUCCAAAAAACACCCCGGGAGUAAUGGUUGCGGAUUCUUCACCAAUGAGCAAGAGCAGUGCAUCACCACCAGUGCCACAUAAAAGAACCGAUAUUUCUCUCGCAAAGCCCAUCGAUCCCCGCAAUAGACUGUCCCGUAAGAUGUCUGCCCCAUCCCUAGUGGCCCAGGCCGCGGAUGCUCGAGAGGUUAUUUGUGGCUUCUUCAAGUCAUUUCCCAACCCACGAAACCGAAUGGACAUUGACCCGCAACUGAUGCUGGCAAGCAAACUGGAUGACACUAAGAUCCGGACUGUGAAGCGUCAAAUUUGGGAAAUGACAGGCGAUGGCAAAAAGCAGGAGCUACCCGUCAACCAGGAGUACGUUUUAUAUGAGGGGAGCAUGUACGUGUGCGUGCAUCUGUUCGAGGCAGAUGGUAGUAACCAUGCUGAAGUCUACCUCUGGUGUGGAGAUGACGUGUCCGAAGCGGCUCUGGACGACGCGCAACUAUUUGCCCGCAAAGUUGCUCGCGAGCACAGCAGCAAGUUGCAAGUGAUCCGCCAGGGCAAGGAGCCCGUGCGGUUCAUCCAAGCUCUUGGUGGGAUCAUCAUCACUCGCCGUGGAUCUAGCUCUCGCUCUACUUCGUCUUCACUGUAUAUGCUCUGUGGUCGCAAGCAUCUGGGACAAAUGGCGUUUGAUGAAGUUGACUACUCACUUCGCAACCUGUGCUCUGGGUUCCCAUUCGUGAUUUCGGCACCUUUUGGAAAGCUUUACCUCUGGAAGGGCAAGGGUAGUGGACCCGAGGAAACCGGCGCGGCUCGGCUGAUCAGUAUGGACCUCGGAUUGACGGGUGAAUUUGAGGAAGUGGCUGAAGGCGACGAGCCCGAGGACUUCUUCGAUGAUUUUGCCGGCUCCAACGAAACGAAUCCGCUUCUGACUUCUGAUUACUGGCAACUGAAGCCGAAGUUUGAUCAUUUCCGAACUCGUCUUCUUCGGAUUGACCACGAGUUGGGCCAGCCACCCCGUUUCUGGAUGCGCCGGCCUGGCUCUGGUUCCCCAACCGUCCGCCCUAACGACACGGUCCAGGAGAUUGAACCCUUCUGUUACAGAGAUUUGACAGAUAAAGAUGUAUACGUUCUGGAUACCUUCUUCGAGAUUUAUGUGAUCGUCGGCGAACAGGCAUCCCAUAAAUCCGCCGACUUUGCGUCAGCCGUGGUCUUUGCACACGAGUACGGUAUCCUCGCAGCCUCCCUCCAGGAUCGACCAUUUAUCCCGAAGAGUUUCGUCGCAAUUGGCGGUGUCCCAGACAGAUGCCAAAGUGCCUUCCGAAAAUGGAACAUUCUAUCUCUCCAUGCCCCCUGCGUGUUUCCUCUUGACGUGGCGAUCGAAGCGAUCCGCUCUCCGGCCGAGUAA